GUAGCAGCACUGUGGAAGGGCAGGGCAGGGCAGGGCAGAGUUCCCUCCCCCUCUGCUCUCGCUCGCUCUUCCCCGGCGGCCACGGCCCCGCCCCGGGUAUAAAAGGGCAGGGAGGCAGCGAGCGGCGUGUACACCCGGGAGAGAGAGAGAGAGAGAGAGAGAGCAGAGCGGAGCAGCAGCAGCAGACGAUUCUCGGAAUCCCCAAACAAAACAAAACAAACAACUCUCGUCUUCGACGAGAUUCAAGGCAGCAAGCAGCAAUCAAGAUUCGAGAAGAAGAAGCCCAGCAGCAUGGCUGAAGUUGAGGCUGCUGCGCAUGCGCAUCAGCAGCAGCACCAGCAACCGGCUCUCGUCUUCGACGCCGCCCGCCUGAGCGGCCAGGUCGACAUCCCGCAGCAGUUCCUCUGGCCGGCGGACGAGAGCCCCACCCCGGACGCCGCCGAGGAGCUGCCCGUGCCGCUCAUCGACCUGUCCGCCGACGCCGAGGAGGUGAUCCGGCAGGUUGGCGAGGCCUGCCAGCUGCACGGCUUCUUCCAGGUGGUGAACCACGGCGUCGACACGGCGCUGCUGGCGGAGGCCCACCGCUGCACGGACGCCUUCUUCACGCUGCCCCUCGCCGCCAAGCAGCGCGCGCAGCGCCGCCAGGGCGAGAGCUGCGGCUACGCCAGCAGCUUCACGGGCCGCUUCGCCUCCAAGCUGCCCUGGAAGGAGACGCUGUCCUUCCGCUACUGCUGCGGCUCCGAGGCGGCGGACGGCGGCGUCGCCGGCUACCUAGUGGAGAAGCUGGGCGAGGAGUUCCGGCAGCACGGCGAGGUGUACGGGCGCUACUGCUCGGAGAUGAGCCGGCUGUCGCUGGAGCUCAUGGAGGUGCUCGGGGCGAGCCUCGGCGUGGGGCGCGCCCAUUUCCGGCGAUUCUUCGAGGGCCACGACUCCAUGAUGCGCCUCAACUACUACCCGCCGUGCCGGCGCCCCUACGAGACGCUGGGCACCGGCCCGCACUGCGACCCCACCUCGCUCACCAUCCUCCACCAGGACGACGUCGGCGGCCUCCAGGUGUUCGCCGGCGGCCGUUGGCGCUCCAUCCGCCCCCACGCCGGCGCCUUGGUCGUCAACAUCGGCGACACCUUCAUGGCGCUCUCCAACGGCCGCUACCGGAGCUGCCUGCACCGCGCCGUGGUCAACAGCCGCGUGCCGCGCCGGUCGCUGGCCUUCUUCCUCUGCCCGGAGAUGGACAAGGUGGUGCGGCCGCCGGGGGAGCUGGUGGACGCCCACCACCCGCGGGCCUACCCGGACUUCACGUGGCGGGCGCUGCUGGACUUCACCAUGAGGCACUACAGGGCGGACAUGAGGACGCUCGAGGCAUUCACCGACUGGAUCAGCCGCCAUGCUCACCAUGCUGCAGGCAUUGCCUCUCAAUUGAAUUGAAUCGACUGGAUCUCGAGGCUUAGUAGUAUCUCAUAUAUAGCUGGAUGGGGAUUUGCAUUGCCAUUGCCAUUGCUCUGCUCAGCUGCUCUGCUGCUCUGAUCUGCUCCUGUCAUCUAUCCUACCUGCACUCUGAUUGCAUUGCAUGCUUAGUAGUAUCUCAUAUGUAUGUCAUCCAUCCGGCCAUCGGAAUUCAAGACGAUGUAUGCCUGCCUGCUGAGUGUGUAGUACUACAGUACCUAUGUACUAGUACAAGAUCCAACUACUACAAGGAAGGAGAUGAUGAGUAUCUAUGUACUAGUACAAGAUCCAACUACUACAAGAAGAUGAUGAGAAUGAGAAGAGAGCUUGGAUCGAUCGUCGACCCAAGCCCAGCUAUCUAGCAGCCAAAUUGAUGAUAUGAAAUCAAAUCAAGUUCCAAUUUAUAUUAAUAUACAAUAAUUUAUAUUGUUA